UUUGGUGUAUAAAUACAAGAAAAAUCACCAUAGCAAUACACAAUCAAUCUACUCAUCAAUCAUUUAUUUCAUCAUCAUGGAUCGCAAAAUCUUUUCGUAUUGGUUUAUUACCCACCUAGCAAUCUUAAGCCUUCUCUUCAACGAGGUCGUCUCCUCGUUUCCUUCGGGAUAUAAUGAUGGUCCUAAAAAUGAUUAUAACAAUGGUUACAAUAGUGGUUACAACAAUGGUCAUAAUGGUGGUUAUAACAAUGGUCACGGUUCUCGCGGAUACGAUAUGAUUAGUAAUCUCGACUAUCGAUUCUAUGACCGGUCUUGUCCUCGUCUACAGAUGAUGGUUAAGUCCGGAGUUUGGCGAGCUUUUAAAGAUGAUUCUCGAAUCGCUGCAUCGCUUCUCCGUCUCCACUUCCACGAUUGUUUUGUCAACGGUUGUGAUGGCUCAAUCCUUUUAGAUGAUUCAGAGGAUUUCAAAGGAGAGAAGAACGCUUUGCCAAACAGAAAUUCGGUUCGUGGUUUCGACGUAAUAGAAGACAUCAAAACAGAUAUUGAGAGUGCUUGUCCCUUAACCGUUUCAUGCGCAGAUAUAGUUGCUCUUGCAGCUAGAGAAGCCGUUGUUCUCACCGGAGGGCCGUUCUGGCCGGUGCCGUUGGGGAGAAGGGACUCGUUGACGGCGAGUGAGCAAGCGGCGAAUACGAAUCUGCCCUCACCGUUUGAGCCGUUGGAAAAUAUAACAGCCAAGUUUGUGUCUCUUGGACUUGACUUCAAAGAUGUUGUUGUCCUCUCAGGAGCGCAUACUAUAGGAUUUGCACAAUGUUUCGUGUUCAAGCACCGGCUCUUCAACUUCAAGGGCUCAGGACAGCCUGACCCAAACCUAGCUGCCUCCUCAGAUCUUCUCUCAAAGCUAACGGACACAUGUCCUAAUGUAGACUCAUCUAACUCUAACCUUGCUCCUCUUGACGCAGCUAGUGUUGUCAAGUUCGACAAUGCUUAUUAUGUGAACCUCAUGAACAACGUUGGACUGCUUGAUUCCGAUCAAAUCCUUAUGUCGGAUUCCAACGCAGCUGCUUUGGUGAAGUCGUACAGCGAGAAUCCGUACUUGUUCUCGGGAGAUUUCGCGGUUUCAAUGGUUAAAAUGGGGAAUAUUGGAGUUAUGACCGGAAGUGAUGGAGUGAUUAGAGCAAGGUGUGGAUUUCCAGGUUAAGUUAUAUGGACCACUUUGAACGUAAACACUCGAUCCAAAUCAAUCUAUAACAUACGUAGAACUAAUCUAGCUUUAAAAACUAUGAAUAUAAUCAUAUAGACCAAUGUCAAUGAAUAAAGUAUGUUCAUAUAUGGUGUAAAAUCAGCCUUUUGUACAUAUGAUGGAUCACAUAGACAAAAAAUACUUGGAGUUGUAUGUGUGUUUGUGUGUAGUGGAAUAUGCCUUUGUCGUGUUUCAAAUAAAAAAGGAAUAUGUAUUUGUCUUUGUAUUUUA